UGGGCAUGCGACAUUCGAACAUCGACUUUUCCGGGGGUGCGGCCCAUCGGAGGGGCCGCGCAUGCGUCUUUUCCCCAGGACUUCUCGAGGUCAGGCGGAAAAGAAAGUAAUCGCUGUUUCUCCCAAAGUACACCCACCAACCGUCUCCGGAAAACUUGGGAAAAAUUCACCUUUCACACACAGGUGAUUCAUCAAUGGUGAAAGCACAGUAUUAGUUUUCCACCACAAAGCAGCAGCAUUCUAUGUAAAGAGAAAUUUGUUUACACCCUGGAGAGUUUUUUUUUCAAAAGGAAGAGCGAAGUUUACAUAUAUUUUAGCGAUCUAAACCAAAAUAUUUAUAAAAGAGAGUCGAUAUUUUAAAUAUUUUAUAAAGUGCAAUAACUAUUUUAAAACUAGUAAUACUUACGACAAUCAUUUAAAAAAAAAAGAAGAAAAAAAAGGGGGGUUGCAGCAGAAUAAAAUGAUGUUGCAUAAAAUGAAUGUAGAGACGACUCGUAACUGAACUGGAUCACUCAUGAGCAUGAAAAGAAAAUAACUCUCCUAUGAACAGAAUCAAUCAUGUGGAUUUUCAAUCGGUCCAUAAGGAAAAAAAAACUUUGGAGUUAGAAUGUGAGUGAAACCAACUUACACUCCCCACCCGCCCACCUUAUCUCUCUCUCCCACAUCCCUGAUAAAACACAAACCAUGCAGAACCUGAUGAGAAAACAGUAUUCCAGGGGAGAGUUGCCCGUGGGAGAAAAGAUGGAGCUACGCGAACUGCAGGGUCGGCUUAUCGUCAACAACGGAGACGUCAAUCCUGGAUAUGGGUCUACUAACAUCGCUUUCGACAUGGGGGACGUCAGUCCUCAAAGUCGAAUCACAGUCGACAUGGUGUCAACAGUCGACAAAUCCGAAUUCAAACCAGAAAGUGACGACACCAGGGAAUCGUGGGACAGCAAACUGCAGUUCAUGCUGGCCACCAUCGGAUAUGCCGUUGGUCUUGGAAACGUCUGGAGAUUUCCCUACCUUGCACAAAAGAACGGAGGAGGGGCUUUUCUCAUACCUUAUUUCAUCAUGCUAGCGGUGGAAGGUAUUCCCUGUUUUUACAUGGAAUUGGCUGUCGGCCAACGACUACGAAAAGGGGCAAUCGGUGCCUGGAAUCUGGUUAGUCCUUACAUGGGAGGUAUCGGCAUAACAUCGGCCGUUGUCUCCUUUAAUGUCGCCCUCUACUACAACACCAUCAUUGCCUGGUGCCUCUACUACUUCUUCCAGAGCUUCCAAACUCCCUUACCCUGGGCGGAGUGCCCGAGACAGGCAGGUCCAAACAACACUUACAUCAUAGUUCCCGAGUGCCAGAAGAGUAGUCCGACCGAAUACUUCUGGUACCGCCAGACCCUGGAUAUCAGUACUGAUAUCGAUACUACAAAUGGCUUCAAUUAUCGUAUCGCCCUCUGCCUCCUACUCGCCUGGUUCUUCUGUUAUCUGUGCAUGGCAAAGGGGAUCGCCUCCUCAGGAAAAGUUGUGUACGUGACGGCCACCUUUCCCUACCUUGUGCUGGUCAUCUUCUUCUUCAGGGGUAUCACACUAGACGGCAUGCAGAAUGGACUCGAACAUCUCUUCACACCGGACUGGUCGAGGCUGGCAGAUCCAGUAGUGUGGCUUGAAGCUGGCACCCAGAUCUUUUUCUCCCUUGGAUUAGCCUUCGGAGGACUGAUAGCCUUUUCUUCCUAUAAUCCGGUACACAAUAACUGCUUCCGAGACGCUAUCACUGUCUCCAUAUGCAACUGUGGAACAUCCAUGUUUGCUGGAAUUGUCGUCUUCUCUGUACUAGGAUUUAAAGCCCACAACACCCACCAGCGAUGCGUAGAAGAUCGUGAUCUGCUGUUACGUCCGCUCUACCAGAAUACUACCAUCCCUCCUGUUAUUCCGGAAGACGUGAUAGCUCACCUUUUUGAGACUGUGCCCAAUCUGCCCUACGACUUUCCAGAGUGUGACAUCCAAAAAGAACUUCAAAAGAGUGCGUCCGGAACGGGUCUCGCAUUUAUUGCUUUCACGGAAGCUAUCAACCAAUUCCCAGGAGCGCCCUUCUGGUCUGUCCUCUUCUUCCUGAUGCUCUUCACCCUCGGAAUAGACUCUCAGUUCGGCACCUUAGAAGGAGUCAUAACCUCUAUAGUCGACAUGAAACUCUUUCCCAACGUUCGAAAAGAAAUACUCACUGGCGUAACUUGUCUUCUGUGUUUCUUCCUGUCUUUGAUAUUUGCUCAGGGUGGUGGUAAUUAUGUCUUUACCUUAUUCGACAACUUCAGUGGAAACUUUCCUCUCCUCAUAGUCGCCCUCUUUGAAUGCAUUGCCAUAUCCUACGUCUACGGACUCAGAAGGUUCAGCGAUGACAUCGAGUUGAUGACCGGACGGCGUCCUAGCUAUUACUGGUUGUUCUGUUGGAGGUACGUAGCUCCGGCUACUAUGAUCACCAUCCUCUGUUGUUCAUUUGUAAAGAUAGCCUCUGAAGGAAGUGGAUACGAAGCAUGGGAUAAGGAAACCGCAACAACAGUGGGGAAAGAAUGGCCUGGCUGGUGUCACUUCGUGAUUGCAUUGUUGAUACUAAUGGCUGCUAUAUGGAUUCCGUUGGUAGCAUUGCUCCGUGCUUGCGGCAUUCGUCUGCUGCCAGACGAGGAACCUUCCUGGUUCCCUGCAGACGAACUCAGGGACUUCCACAACAUCAUUCCCCACAAGGUGACCAACCUCGAGAAGUGCCUCUUCUGCAUACGUGAAGACCAUGAUCCAGAAGACAUGUGAUCAACACUAACAAAAAAAAGAAUGGUCGUUUGCCAAAAGAUUUUACUAAUUAUUAUUUGUUUACUCACUCACUUUGCCUAGAAAUAAACUUUAGAGAUUUAGAAUUUAAUCAGCGAAUCUUGAUAUCAGAAAGUAAAAUAGUCUUUAAGCAUUUAAAUACUCUCACUCACUAUCUGGAGAGAAUACUAUGGACGAUCCAUCCUAAUAUACACAAUAAUUAUCUGAAUAAGGACAAUUUCUAAGUGAUGUUGGAAAAGAAAUCGCAUUUCAUAUUAUAAGAUAUAUGUAUAUAUUUAUAGGACUCAAUUUGCAUGUGUAAAAAAAGGAACCAUAACAUAUCGGAGUAUAACAUAUGGUAAUUUUCCAAUAAAAAAAAAGAGGUGCAGGUUUUGUAACUAGAAAUGCUGUUUUAAAUUUAGAUAUACGAAUAGGGCGAAAAUUAGUAAGAAAUAGCAUUUAGUUACAUCAUUUUAAUAAUUUCAUUAUUAAAUUUUCGUUUAAAUUCGACAGGGUUUUAACUAAUCGUAUUAACACAUUCAAGCCAAUUUUAAAAUUAGUAUUAAAUACAGAGAAUAUAUUUGAAUAUGAUGGUAAAUAAAAAAUAAAAUAAGGACAAUAACUUAAAUGACGACUUUAUAAUCGUUACUAGUUAAUCAAAUAAUAAAUUUUGAGAAUAAACUUAUUGUUGAACUUAUUGUUUAUUUUCAUACUAUUCAAAAUUUAAGAAAACAGUUCCUAAUAAGCAAUAUUACAAAAAUAAAUUUAAUUAUAACUUUCAUAUUAGUUACAACUAUUUCACAAGCAAUUUUUGCUCAAGAAGUGAAAAAAAAUAUAUGGUGUAAAAAUUGCAUCAAAUUUGAGCAUUUUAUUUGGUGUCCUUUACAUGGUAUUCUGCUUCCUUUUUUUGUUGAAUUUGCAAUCUCUUGUUCUUUUGCGUUCUUUCGUCCUAUCCCUUUGUAAUAUACGGUCGCAUUGAAGCCGAAUCUCUUGAUUUUCGCUGAAGAUUUUAUUUUUAAAGUGAUAACAAAACGAAAACUUUAAUAUCCUUAAUAACAUUAUUAUUAAAUUUUCGUUAAAAUUGAACAAGUUUUUAAUUAAUCGUAUUAACACAUUCACGAAUUCAAAAAGUGCUUAAGAACAGCAGCUUUGCAGUCGGUCUUAUUUACAACGGGAAUAUUUCAUUAAAACCAAAUUAGCAUAAAUUAUUAAAAACAGAAACUAUGUUGUACAAAAAUGAACCGAAAAAUGUUUAAAAACGCUUUUAACCUUCAUUGUCAUUUAUGUACAAAAAUGAGGGAGCGAGAGAGUCUUUGAUUGCUGUUUGACUUUCAAUAAACAUGGCCUGAUAAACGCUAUGUUUUGGAUAUAACCUAGCAACUCUAGGACAGUCACAAAUUUCUCAGCUACACUCCAUGUCUUCGGUGGUCUUUAUUAGCACUUACAGAUUCUGCAUAAAGAACAUUCGAGCUUAACUCAAGGUAAACGACAACAGCUAGAGAUAAAUAACUUAUUCAUUGGUUAUAUAGUUUUGUUAAUUAUUGCUAAGACCACAUAUAAUUUCUUAUGAACUGUUUUCAAGAAUUUUAUGAAAAUUUUCUCGCUAAAAAUCCAAGCUAUAUUGGUGAAAACAAACGUUCAUCUAGGCUUUUUAACAUUAAACCGACCCUAUAUUAUAAUUUUCCCGUUUAGUCUGUUUUUUUUUUCUUGCUUUCUUUUUGUUUAAAUAAGGGUUUGCAAUAAAUGAGAUCAACUUUAUAAGUGAUUUUGAAUUAUUUUGUAUUUAUGCAGCAGUAUAUGCCUAAAAUUAAAGAUACUUACCCGAAUUUUCAAAUUUUUCAAAUGAAAAAAAAAAAACUAUUUUAUUCUGAACAGCACUAAUUGUGAUAUACCGUUUUGAAAUCAACAUAGUUAUUAAGCUGACUAAUAAAGACAACUUUAGUUGUAAUUGUUCUAUAGAAGUCAGAAGGCUUUUUUGUAGUCUCAUAUCAAGAUUCCAUAUUGUUGUUGUUCUUUCAUUAUUAUUGCACCUUUGGACCUUCUUUUUAAAAUCAAUCACAGAUCACAACACUUCUGAUAUUUUUGUGGCCUUAAAAAUGUCGUUUUUCGAUCUUUUAGAGAGAGAGAGAGACAGCACAACGAACAUUCCUCUGUAAUGGUGUCAUUAUUGCUCUCAGAUGCAGGGUGUUUCAAAAGACCAAUUGAUACAGGGGUCUCCAAACUACAGCCUUCAUCAGCAGACAUGCCAGGUCUUGAUUAUACAAGGUGUCUAUACUAUAAUUAAGUCUCAACUUCAAUGGUGUGCCCGUAUUAUAACAAAUGCAUCAAAAUGAAGGUAAACUAGCCUCGUUCUUCUCACAAAUGCUCCACGUGUGUCCUAUUAGUUACAUGGCACACCUGCAACUCAAAGUUUCAUUUUUCCUCCACCUGUUAACCAAAGUUUGAAUAUUCUGAACUUGUUAAUCAAGGCAAUGGAAGAAUUAGAUUUUGAGUUGAAUGUGUGCCAUAUAAGUAACAGUUCACCUAUUGAUCAUUCGUAAAAGAAAUUAGGUUCGUUCAACUUCAUUUUGAUGUAUUAUUUGUUAUAAAUAUUCUGAAUUAAAUUAUUCGAAACUAGGACAUUCCUUUAUUCACAGCCUGUCUCUUAAAUUUAACAAAAUAAUAAUCAGAAAUAACAAAAUGGCUAACAUACAUAAUGUAUUUUUAUGGCAAUAAAAGAAAGGAUUUAACAAUAAUGGGUGUACUGUCACAUCAAAAGAUGCUUCACAUUUCUUAACUUCAGCAAGUUGGUAAGACGAGUUAUUCAACGAGUCAAAAUGUCCUACCAGGCUGAAGCCUAGGAUAUCAAAAGGGAUUGGAAAAUGCUUAUAACGGUCUCAAAACUAUGAAAAAUGAGCAGCUCUUCAACCAGAGGGCAGAUAUGAUCUAGCUUCCGCCCUGAAUAACGCAUUUGCUGGUGAAGUCAAAGAAUCACAGGAAAAACAAACCCGGGAAAAAAAGCAGUGACAAAAAGAGCACCAGAAAAAGCUCCUUAAAUAUUAUAUAUCUGUUAUGUCCAAUUUGAUUCGGAACCCGAAUUUAAAGUAAUUAAAUAAUUAUUCCAUUAUAAAUAGAUUUUUUUAAAAUAUUAAUGAUUCAAAGUUUAAUUUGAAAUUGGCGGAAAGGAACUUUUAAUACUUCUUUUUUAUUUGUAAAUACAAUUAUAUAAUGUAUAAUAGAAUACUAUCAAUAGUUUAUAAAUUAACAGUACUCUCUCAAGGGGUUAAUCUUUUGAUGAAUUAAAAAUGUUGAUAAAAAUGAUUCAAGUAAGUGACGAAGUAUGUCAAUUUAAAAAAAUAACUAAUUGAAAAAAGAUAUUCGCAUGAUAUUAUAUUACAAUGCCAUAAGUGUAAUUAGAAAAAAUUAGAACAAUUUUAAAAUUGUUGAAGAGUUCCAAUCAAUUUGUUAAAUAGAAUGUAGUGGUUAACGAUCCUUUGAGCAAAUUUUAAACUAAUCCUUACAUAUUAAUUUUUUAAGAAAUAUCUAACUCCGUUCGAAUAGUUAUUUAAGUACAGUAAAUUCAGGUUAAACUGUCCAUUUCGAAUCGAUCGUUGCAUUUUAUGAUAAUUAAUGAUGAGGUCAGUGGAGGAUCCAGCGGGAGGGUCAUAGGGGUCAGGCCCCCCCCCCAAAAAAAAAAAAAUUUAAAAAUAAAAUAAGAAUAAUAAUUUUUUUAAUAGUUUUCAAAAUAAAUAAAAUAUUUUAAAAAUUAUUUUAGGGGGCAUAUACACCUAGGUAGGUCGGAAAAA